AUGAUUAAUGAUUUUACUCAAUUAGUUGGAUGGCAAGACUAUUCACAAUCCUCACACACUAAUUAACUUAAACUACUUUCUGAAUCUAUGGAAUAUCCAUCUCCAAUAACCUCUUUUAAAGAUAGAAAGUUAUUGCCUAAUUUAUGUCACAUAAGACAAGUGACAGAAAUAAGAAGUCCCCGUAAGAAAUCUUUGCAAUCCACUAGAAUUCAAAAAAGUCAAGUUCUAUAUUAAAUCAAAGAUGAGAGUCCUUUAAAGAAAAGACCUGCUAAUCCUAGACAUAUUAGAGUUACUCCUUCUUAAUUCAAUUUUACUUUAAGUGAAGAUAAAUUCAAUAAAAUCAAUAAAGAUUAAUCACCUACCAAGUAGAAACUUAAUAAACUUGCUCCAUUAUUGUAAAAAGUCCAUAAAGUACAGAUUAAAAAUAAAAUAAUAACUAUUACCUAAAAGUCUCCACUUACUCAAUUACAAAAAUUAUUAGAUGUACUCAAUGAAAAAUGA